CGCUAUUCACCCCCCCUCUAGCGUUGGGCCUUUAUUCUAACAAUUGGUAUCAGAGCCUUACUCUCUAUAAGACUUAACCGUUUGAGAGAAACGAUCAAUGGCUUCAACUCAAAGUUCAUACGCAGGUUUAGGUGAAGGGCAAUCCACCACAAGGCCUCCGUUGUUUGACGGAACGAACUACACCUAUUGGAAGGAGCGGAUGAGGAUUUACAUCCAAUCCACCAACUUUCUCCUUUGGAGAAUUAUCAAGAAUGGUGAAGACGUGCCAAUGAAGAAGGUCAGGGAAACCAACGUUCCUAAGACCGAGAAUGAGUAUGAUGCACAAGACAUCAAGAAAGUGGAAAACAAUGCCAAGGCCAUCAAUAUCAUCUAUUGUGCCGUAAACCCGGAUGACUACCGGAAGAACUCUUGUUGCACCACCGCGAAGGAAAUGUGGGACAAACUAGAAAUCACCUACGAAGGUACGGAUCAAGUCCGAGAAGCUAAAAUUGAUUUUCUAACCCAUGAAUAUGAAUUGUUUCGUAUGAAGGAGAAUGAGAAAAUCGAUGAGAUGUUUGAACGAUUCUCCAAAAUUGUCAAUGAUCUCCAUGCUCUCAAGAAGACGUACACGGACAAGGAGCUUGUGAGAAAAAUCCUGCGAAGUCUCACACUGGAGUGGCGGUCCAAAGCCGAUGCCAUCCAAGAGUCCAUUGGUAUCACCAAUGUCACCAUUGACGGGCUUAGAGGUAACCUCAAAACCUAUGAGUCUACCAUUUUAUUCCCCUCUUUAGGUGAACAAAAGAAGAAGGGGAUUGCACUCAAGGCUUCCUCAAGCCAAGAACCCGCCAUGGAGGAAUCAAGCGAUGAAGACAACGAGUUCGGGCUCGUCAUCAAGAAAUUCCACAAGUUCAUGCGCGAGUAUGAACGAAAGGGUAAAAAGCAUGGAGGACCACCCAAGUGCUAUGGGUGUGGAGAAGUUGGGCAUAUCAAGCCAAAAUGCCCAAAUGCCAAAAACGAGAAGGAGAAGAAAUCGUUCAAGAAGCACCGAGCUUACAUCUCGUGGGGAGGUGAUUCCGGCGACGAAUCAUCGGAAGGAUUUAAAGAAACAACUUACUUCCAUAGAGAAGGAGGUUGAUAAAUUAUCAAAAGAUAAUGAAAAACUUAAAGAAGAAAAUAAGUUUUUCGGA